AUGGAGCCGUGUGCGUCGCGCUACUUCCUGGAGAACUACGCCGGGGUUCAGUUCGGGAAGAUUGGAGAAUUGCGCUUCGAACAGGAUAUUCCGGCGGGCUGUGCGAGGUGGAGCAAGGAGGUUUUGAGGCGGGAAUACGAGCUGGCUUUAUGCCAAAUCGCCGCUCGCAACACGAACCUGAGCCCAGGAAAGCCUGGACUGGACGUUGAAAUACCAGUCCAGGUUUUCUUCACCCUGGAUGAAGACAAAAUUUAUCCUCUGGAUGCCAACGAACUGCUUGAGCACUUUGAGGAAUUCCCCGAGUGCGAAGCCAUUAUCCAGAGGCUGUAUCAUCAGCGGAGAGGGGUGGAGGCGGGCGCCAUGCGCUGCAGCUUCGUUUUGAGACCCUUGGUUGCGGAAUUUACAGAGUUCCAGAUCACCCCGCGACUCGUGAGGGCGUUGGAGCAUUUGAUGAAACGAGGCACCCGUUUCUCGCAGAUCCAGGCGUUGGACUUAGAUCUGGAUGAUGCAACGGAGCUCGACGCCCAGUUGGGGCGCUUAACGCUGGCGCAACUCUUUAGAGCUCUGUUCGGCACUGCGGAUAACGAGCCACGUCGUGCACGCCACCAAAUUACGUCUCUCUCUGUGUACUGCGAUUCGACAAUGAAAAAAAAAGAUUUUGAGGCGCUGUGUUCGGCGCUAGUGGCGAACCAGACUACCAGGGAUCUCCAUUUACGCUUGAACAUGGAGUCGAACAGUCAAGUGCGACCAGCGCACUGGUGGAUGUGGCUAGCGUACGGACUGUUCUCGAAGCAAGCGCGCACGCUGUCGAAGUUGGAAACGCUGACAAUUAGCGGUCUUCACAGCAUGAGUGUGGCAGACAUGAACGCCUUUGCCAAAGUUCUAAAGCCUGAUCAACGCUUCCGCUCCGGCGACUCGGCAACGAUAUUGCGGGCCUGA